AUGAGUAAAAUCAUUGAACUGGCAUUCCACCCCUCAGAGCUUAAAGCUGUUGUACAAUUUAAGUUCUUCAAAAAAACUUUGUAUCCUCUGAAACCGUCGUGUGAAACUGAAAAAUUAUGCUAUGAUCUACUCAAGAAGACCUCAAGAUCAUUUAGUGCCGUAAUCAUGGAGUUGAAUCCAGAACUGCGUAAUGCGAUUAUGAUUUUCUAUCUUGUCUUAAGAGCACUAGACACAGUUGAAGAUGACAUGAGUAUCGACCCAAAAAUCAAAAUCCCACUUCUGAGAUCAUUUCAUGAGAAACUAUUAUUAAAGGAUUGGACCUUUGACGGAAAUGCUGAAACUGAGAAGGAUAGAAUUGUUCUGGUCAAAUUUGAUGCUAUUCUAACCGAAUAUGCAAAACUAAAACCAGAAUAUCAAGAUAUUAUCAAGGAGAUCACUGAAAAGAUGGGCAAUGGUAUGGCUGAUUACAUUGUUGACGAAGAAUUCAAUUUGAACGGGGUUAAAACCAUCAAAGAUUACGAUUUAUACUGUUUCUAUGUUGCAGGUCUUGUUGGUCAUGGUUUAACGAAGUUGGGUGUCGCUUCGCAAUUCAGUGACCCAUAUUUAUUAGACCACAUGGAAUUGAGCGACUCCAUGGGCUUAUUUUUACAAAAGACGAACAUCAUUAGAGACUAUAAGGAGGAUUUAGAUGAUGGAAGAUCAUUUUGGCCUGAAGAAAUUUGGGGUAAAUAUGCUGAUAAAUUGUCAGAUUUUGCUUCCGUAGAGAAUGAAGAAAAGGGUCUUCAUUGUAUUACUGACCUAGUCUUGAACGCAAUGAACCAUAUCAAAGACUGUUUAAAGUACCUUACAAUGGUGUAUGAUCACUCUACUUUCAACUUUUGUGCUAUUCCACAAGUGAUGGCAAUUGCAACACUGGCUGAGGUUUUUCAAAACAAGGAUGUUUUCAAGAAAAAUGUCAAAAUCAGAAAAGGUGUUGCUAUUAGUUUGAUCCUAAAAUCUAGAACCUACGAUGGCGUCUUGGAGAUUUUCUCUCAAUAUCUCAGAAUUAUUCACCACAAGGUACCAGUUUCUGAUCCAAACUACCUUGCCAUUGGCAUUAAAUGUGGUGAAAUUGAGCAAUUUAUAGAGGAGUUAUAUCCAAAUCCAGCGCAUUUACCAAAGGGUGUUAAGCCAAUGCAAACAGAGUUUUAUCUCCGUGCCCUAAAAAAGCUUGAUUCAGAAAAGGACAUCAAAAAGCUGAUCCAGACUGAAAACAAAAACACUAACGUUGUAUUAGUGCUGGUUGGUUUGCAAGUUUUAUUUUACACUCUCUAUUUUACUUCUUGA